UACUACAGGACAGAGAAGAUCUGCGCGACAGUUCUGAGCGGAACCUAUCAUUUUAUAGUUUAAUUGAUAUUGACCGUAGCCUCCUUUAGUAGACAUUGCAUCAACAAGUUACAUUUAUGUUUUUUUUAAUACACACUGCCAGUUAUUAACACUGGUAAAUCCGUUGAGUGAAUUAUGACACUAAUCUGAUACGGAGCAAGAUUGAACCGAACACCGUUACCCGUGCAGCAGACCAGACCGCUCUCCGUUGGAAAUAAACCAUGAUAUAUUUGGUAAAAUCUUAAAAUCAAAUAGACUUGUGAAAUAAGAAACGGGGCAUCUCAUUUUCAUCUUGAAACGAGUUGAGGCGAGAGAUAAAAAGCUGCUCUAUUGUAAACUAAUCCUUGCCCUUCGGGCGUUUGAAUAGCCCAGGGCAAGAAUUCUACUAGCCCUCCUUUUAUUUAGAGACGGACUGGCUUUCUUCUCAUAAAACUCGACGGAUUCAUCAUAUCAGAAAAAGCAAGGCUCGGACAAAGACGGAUAUAAAGCAAACGACGACACAACUGACAUAAACAGAGAUAAAAUCGGAAGGGAGAAGAGAUUCCUAUGUCUUCUGUAUCCGUGUCCUCCCAGGAGGGAAGGUGUAUGUCCAGGAUGUCUAUGAGUCGUUCUCCAGUUUCUCCAAUGAAUGCCCAGGGCAUCCCAUCACCGGCCCAGCUGACUAAAGCCAAUGCCCCAGUCCACAUUGAUGUGGGAGGACACAUGUACACCAGCAGCCUGGGGACUCUCACUAAAUACCCAGAGUCUAGAAUCAGUCGUCUGUUUAAUGGAACAGAGCCGAUUGUACUGGACAGUUUGAAGCAGCACUACUUCAUCGACAGGGAUGGAGACAUAUUCAGAUACAUUCUCAGCUUCCUCAGGACCUGCAAACUACUGCUCCCAGAGGACUUCAAGGACUUCCCCCAGCUAUACGAGGAGGCUCGCUACUACCAGCUGACACCCAUGGUCCGCGAGCUGGAGCGCUGGCUGACAGAGCGGGAGGGCCAGAAGAGCCGGCCCUGCGAGUGCCUGGUGGUCCGAGUGACCCCUGACCUGGGUGAGAGAAUUGCCCUCAGCGGGGAGAAGGUGCUCAUUGAGGAGAUCUUCCCCGAGACCGGAGACGUCAUGUGUAACUCGGUGAACGCCGGCUGGAACCAGGACCCCACACAUGUUAUCCGUUUUCCGCUCAACGGCUACUGCAGGCUCAACUCAGUUCAGGUUCUGGAGAGGUUGUUCCAGAAGGGCUUCAGCAUGAGGGCGUCGUGUGGUGGCGGAGUUGACUCCUCCCAGUUCAGCGAGUACGUCUUGUGUCGCGAGCUCCACAGGGGUCAGUCCAUCGGCACCACCACCACUAUCCGGAUCAAACAGGAGCCUCUGGACUAAGUCAGGAGGAACAGAGGGACCCCUGAGAUAAGAUGUUCAACAACCCCAGUGCUCAUCUCCAGGUCCUAUCUACACAAACACUGAAGGAGGACUCUUUAUGCUUGGGAAUAUCAUGUGCCAAUGGCAAUGUUUAUUGGGCAAGCGAGAUGUGAGAAGGUUGUGAUUCUAUUGAGACUCAAAUAGUCUAUGGAACUCUUUCUGCUGCCGUUUCCAAGGGAAACGGUCAGUCACCUCUGGACUAUUGACAACUAGCAGGAACAAGGAAAUAGCUCCAGUAAUAUGGUGCUCAGGUCCAGCUUAGGUUUCAAUGGGGACUCCUGUUCAAGCCUAAGGAUGGGUCUACUGGUAUGCCAGAUGACCUCCAGUUCAGAGACAUUGUCUGCGUUUAUACUGGCAGCCCAAUUCUGAUAUUUGCCCAAUUAUUGAAAAAGGUUCAAUCUGAUAGGUCAAAAGACCAAUAAAUGUCAAAAGAUCAGAAUUGAGCUGCCUGUGUAAACACAGCCAAAAAUGGCCAUGUCCUGCUCUGCCACAGGAAGAACAUGGCUCUGUGUGUUUGCUGCAUUUCUUGACAACUUCCUACACUGUUCAAUCUGAAUAGGUCAUAUACUGUAUGUGUAGGUGUUUGUACAAUUAAAUGUUAAAUGGACAAUAUGGGGUCUUUUUUAAAAUAUAUAUAACUUUCAUGAUAAA